AUGAUUUCUUAUUGCUUCAACCUGAUUAUAUUGGCCUGGCUUCCGGGAACGAGCGGGGAAGAAUGGGUAACUCAGGAUCCGCCGGAAUUAACGGCCGAGGAAGGACAAGUCAUAGUCAUGAACUGUAGCUACUCAAGAGCUGGUGACACCAUCGUUUGGUACAGGCAGGACGGCGAGGAAAGUCCGAAAUACCUGCUGAAAAUAUAUGCCAGCGGCAAAGUAGACCCGUCCGACGAUUGUCCGGACAGGUUUACGGCUGCUGUGCAGAAAAGCAACAAGUUGUCUCGUUUCACUAUUUCCCAGGCUCCUGUGUCGGAUUCCGCCACUGUUCAUCAUCUCUCUUUAUUUGUUGCAGGGACACGUGGGGAAGAUUCAGUGACCCAGGACCCUCCUGAAUCAACGGUGGAGGAAGGACAGACCACCACACUGAACUGUAGUUACUCGAUAGCUGAUAGGAAUAUUUUUUGGUACAUGCAGCACCACGGGCAAACUCCAAAAUAUCUGCUGAAGGUGGUCUACCCGGGAAAGAUGGUGCGGCCUGCAGAAUGCCCCGACCGAUUCUCGGCUGCUUCACAGAAAGAGAGCAAGAUGGCAAGUUUAACACUGUCUGGGGCUCUUGUUUCCGACUCCGCCGUGUAUCUCUGUGCCAUGGAGCCCACAAUGCUGCAGGGACACGGCGGACCCGAUCAAAAAGUUGCUCUGGGUGUUGCAGUGAGCGCUCACUAGAGGGCGCCCGGGGCCGGGCAAUGGAAGUCA